CCAUGAUUAGUCAGGCGACGAAGGGAUGGAGACCAGUUAACCGGCCGGCGCCAAUCAUCCAACUCCAGCGCUGACACGGCCGGCGCCAGCGGCCGACACGCUGCCGUGCCAUGCCCAUGCUCCUCCUCCCACACAGAAGCUAGGCCCCGUCUCUCUCGCAGCCGCAGUCGCAGCCGCGCGGUGAAACCAAAAUAUCCCCGCGGUAAGGUGACACGUCUUCCGGCCAGUAGAUCUCCUCCUCCUCCGCUUCCACCUCCGCCUCCUCCCCUCCCCUUCUCGAAGCCCCCAAUUUGUUCCCUUUCCAAAACCAGAUUGCUGCUCCUCUUAUCUCGCCGCGCCGCCACUCCAUUUCGUUCCCCAAAACCUCGAAACCCUACUCGCGGAUUCCGCGGGGUUCCUUAGGGUUUACUCCUCGGGCUCUGCUCUGCUCCGCUCGGCAGCCAUGGCCGUGGAGGAGGCGAGCAACAGCGGCGGCGAGGAGGGGUCCGGGGCGUGGACCCGCGAGCAGGAGAAGGCGUUCGAGAACGCGGUGGCGACGGUGGGGGAGGAGGACGAGGAGGGUGACACAAGGUGGGAGAAGAUAGCGGAGGCCGUCGAGGGGAAGACGGCGGAGGAGGUCAGGCGGCACUACGAGCUGCUGGUGGAGGACGUCGACGGCAUCGAGGCGGGGCGCGUGCCGCUCCCCACGUAUGCUGCUGACGGCGGCACCGAGGAAGGGGGCGGCGGGGGUGGGAAGAAAGGGAGCGGGGGAGGAGGGGGCCACGGGGAGAAGGGGUCGGCCAAGUCGGCCGAGCAGGAGCGCAGGAAGGGGAUCGCCUGGACCGAGGACGAGCACAGAUUGUUCCUUCUUGGACUUGAAAAGUAUGGCAAAGGUGACUGGCGUAGCAUCUCACGGAACUUUGUGAUCUCAAGGACACCGACUCAAGUAGCUAGUCAUGCACAGAAGUAUUUUAUCCGUUUGAACUCAAUGAACAGAGAGAGGCGACGGUCAAGUAUACAUGACAUCACCAGUGUGAACAACGGAGAUACAUCAGCUGCUCAGGGGCCAAUCACUGGUCAAACAAAUGGGCAGGCUGCAAAUCCUGGGAAGUCCUCUAAGCAAUCUCCACAGCCAGCAAAUACUCCUCCAGGUGUCGAUGCUUAUGGUACCACAAUCGGACAGCCAGUUGGUGGCCCCCUUGUCUCAGCGGUUGGGACUCCCGUUACGCUUCCUGUUCCUGUUCCACCUCAUAUGGCCUAUGGCAUGCACGCCCCGGUUCCAGGAGCUGUAGUACCUGGUGCCCCAGUAAACAUCGCUCCAAUGCCCUAUCCGAUGCCACCUCCAUCAUCUCAUGGGUGAGGGACAUUUUGAGUGCUGCAUGGCUUCUAAACAAACCCACAAUCACCCUAUGUUGCUUUUAGUGGAUGCUCUAUCAUGUC